UCCGAAAGCGCGUUGCAUAUACAAGGAUUGAACUGAUUUCACAAUGGCGACUGUCUUUACUUACGAGAGUAUCUCUUUUCGCUUCUGGCAGUCGGUGUAAUCUACGCGUGUUAACGAAGCUGCCUGUGCAUUCGUAAAACGGAACACGCUGAGAAUGAUCAUCGACAAUCCGGAGCAAUUCAAGGCAUGGCUCACCGCCGUCCUGGAGCCGUUGUGUGACGCUGAUCCUGCUGCUCUGGCUAAAUAUGUGUACGCAUUGGUUAAGAAAGACAAAACUUUAGAAGAAUUGCGAGGUUGCAUGGUUGAACAAUUAGAUGUAUUUCUACAGCAAGAAACCAAAAGUUUUGUGGAACUGCUUUUCAAAACAUUGGAAAAUCAGGAGUAUAUUUUACCGGUUACUAAGACCGAUCCAGAUGGUGGUGGUGGAACACCACCUGGCACAAAUCCACCAGCACCAGUUGUGUCAUCAUCAACAGAAAAGAUAAUGGAUACGACAAUUCCGCUGGUACCUUUGAUUUCGAAUCCCGCUCCACUUCAAAUAAACGGAUCUGCCCCUGUUAUUAAACGAGAAGCUAGAAAAUCCGAUUCAGAUAAGGAUAAAGAAAAGGAGAAACGUUCUCGAAGCAGGAGUGGCAGGAUGAGAUCGAGAACGCGCUCACGAUCACGAUCCUGGGAAAGAGAUAGACGUAGAUCCAGAAGUAGAGAACAUAUCCGACGAGAUAGAGACAGAAGUCGACCAUGGAGAAAUGAAUCUCCACCUAUGAGCACUAGACGACAUGAUCGCAGACGUACUAGAAGUCGCAGUACAUCACCAAUUCGACCUAGAAUGCGCGAUGGUCCGGACCGCGAUCAUCGAGCAAGAUUUAGAAAUAGAUCUCCAACUCCCCUUCGAUCUCGAUCGCGUUCAAGAUCAAUAGAGCGGAAGAAAAUUGAUCGCUUCGAUAGAAUGGAAAUAGAUAGAAUGGAUCGAAUUGAAGGGAGUCCCGGUGGUGGUACACCAACUCAAGACAGUAAUCAUGGAGAUGUAGACAUGAGACUGUCUACGACUAGUCAAUCGAUACAAAGCGUUGUCGCUGCAAGUAGUAUUCCAAAUAACCAGACAAGUUCAUUUCCGCCACAAGCAAAAAGACGUUGUAGAGAUUUUGACGAAAAAGGAUAUUGCAUGAGAGGAGAUCUUUGUCCUUAUGAUCAUGGUACAGAUCCAGUUGUAUUGGAAGAUGUGGCGCUAACUCGAGUUUUGAGUUUUGGUCCACACGGCGCUCAAGCUCCAGGAACUGUUCCAGUAGCUACUGUGCCAGAACCACCACAAGGACCCAAUGGUAACCCUCCACCACCACACUUGCCUCUUGCCAGUUUGCCACCACCUCAUUUGAGAAAUCACCAUUCUAACAUGGAUGCUUUCGCAGAGUAUAAUCCGGAUGCGCCGAGCAUGGAACCGCGCAUGCCAUGGGGCAGACAUACCCAACCUGCACCUGGUAUUUACAGCAGAGGACAAAGAGAACUGAUUAGCGUGCCGGUUUUACCAACUCACACAAACACGUCGGAGAUAACUCAUGGUCAAAGCAAUCCGCUGAAGCGCAAACAACCAUUUGACUUUAAUCGUUUAGGACCGAAACAAAGAGUGGUUCACAAUCCGGUGAACUGCUCUCUCGAGUUGAAAAAAGUUCCAGCAAGCGCGAACAAUAUAACACAGUUAAACAACCACUUCUCUAAGUUCGGUAAAAUUGUAAAUAUUCAAGUUAACUUCGGUGGCGAUCCCGAGGCAGCGUUAGUUACUUUCCAGCUGCCAGCCGAAGCAAAGGCUGCUUACAGAAGUACAGAGGCUGUGUGUAAUAAUAGAUUUAUUAAAGUAUUUUGGCAUAAUAAUGUCAACAAUAACGCGGCUGGUGGAGCAAUCGAAAAUGUGCCACCGGGAAAUCCUCGCCCUUCUGUGAAAGAAAGAUUAGGCGCCGCUGUAACAACACCAGUGAAAACUGAAGAUAACGAAUAUGUUCCUACGCGCCGGUUGACCGAGGAACAAGUCACGCAAGCUGUAGUUCCAACUUCACCCAAAACUGUCGCCGUCGUUCCUACUCGGGAGGACAAAGUUCUAGCAAUAAAGAAGUCGCAAGAGAUAUUGGCAGCCAAGGAAACUUUGAAGAAAAAACAGGAAGAGAAACGCAAGGAAGCUAUGAAGCUAACAGCUGACUUGAGGAAAAGAAAACAAGAGUUACUGGACAAACAUUUGAUCGAAUUACGCGCUUUGAUUGAAAGGGCGGAAAAAAAUCCGGAACAGAAGGAUUCAAUCAUGCCAACGAUAAAGAAUAUGCAGCAAACUGUCGACAAACUGCGCAAGGAUCUCGCUGCGAACGGUCAAAUUAGUGGCAACAAAUCGCAGGUGAAGUCUAGAGAACAAACACAGAAGGAGAUAUUAGACGCUGAAUUGGAUUUGAUGACCGCACAACAGGAAGGUCAGGACGCUGGAGAAUUACAAAAAAGAUUAAACGAGCUUCGAGCCCAAGCAGCCGCGUUAGGUCUUAACACGAAUUCCGGUGUUGGUAGAGGUGCGAGAACCAAUCGAGUCGCACGCAGUACUCAUAUAAUAUCGUACAGAGGUCGCGGCAGAGGAAAUUUCGCUCAUGUCUCGGUAGAUCACAGGCCAACUAGUCUCCUAGUCUCCGGUUAUGAAACCGAAGAGAAGGCGGAUGUUUUAGCGCAUUUUCAACAAUUCGGCGAAAUAGUGAAUCAAAUAGUAGACGAUGCGACUCCUUCGAUCGUAAUCACUUUCAAAUCAAGAAAAGAGGCUGAAGUUGCCUUGGUAAAAGGACGCACAUUUCAAGAUAGAUUGUUGUCGAUAACUUGGGUAUCUGGUCAUCAUUUACAUCGUGGUGGAUCUGGUAGUAACUCAAACGCAUCUGUGCAACUCUCAUCGCGUUCCGAACCCGCACCAGCCACGGACGAAGAUAUUGACUUAGAAGGCACGGCCGAGGCGUUGCUUCUUGAAGAGAACGAAGAGGAAGAAGACGAGGAUGGCGAAUCGCGUAGCUGGCGACGAUAGCAGCGUCAGAGUCAGCGUCAGCGCCGCUUGUGACAGGAGCUUGGUGUCAAACAACAGCGUGAUCAUCCGGGUCGAUCGUACACAACCCUUUUACGCCUACAUUUGCUGCACCGCUGUUUGAUGCAUUCAUUGCCAUGAUCUUCACAAAGAAAUCGGUUUACAUCGUGCUCAGCGUUAAUGUCUCUAAUGAGUGUUACACACUAUUUGUUAAUAUUAUUGAAUAUAAUAUACGUGCGCACCGUCGACGAACGAUGUACUAUAUUGAGAUCGCACGUCGCAAAAUAGAUUUAAAAAAAAAAAAAGA